AUGAAUGGUCGUUUGACCAUCGCGGCUCUAACCUCGGUGUCAAGUUGCUCGUACCUCCACGAGUCGGAGCGGACGACAAGCUUACAAGGCCAUCGCGGCGGGAAAGCAGCUCCUGUGGGUGGUAUGAAGGCCAUUCCUGAGGCAAGCCUGGCCAGGGUCAAUGUACCUUCUGCUACUGUAGGAGACGCCCAGGUCAACGCGGAAUAUAUUGCGUACGCCAUCAACUAUCUCUCAGCUCUUUCGGGAACAACGAGACGUAUUGGAGGCGACUCGGCCUUUGUGCCCACGACAAUUGUCUAUUCCUCUUACGACCAAGUUGUGCAACCGCUGAAUGGAAAGCAAGCUUCGGGGAUUCUGCAGAGCUCCCGUAUAGCAGAUGUGUCCAACAACCAUCUCCAGACCCUCUGUCAUGACCGGCCUGGUGGCGGAUUUUACACUCAAGAAGGGGUUCUCUACAGUUCUUUAACAUGGGCACUUGUCGUUGUGAUGCGCUUCGGCAUGGUGGCCCGGGAGACUCAUCUCGGCUCAAUCUCACGAAGGUCUGCGAGCAAUGGCUCCCACCUCAACUGGAUCUAA